AUGUCGUGCUACGUGACGUGCCGCUUCACGCUGCAGAGUGGUGAUUUUGUAUGGGUGGAUUCUGGUGCCGGGGUCCCGUUAGGGGCCGAGGUGAAAGUAACAGACACCGGGCAGCUUCGGCUGAUUGAUGAUGAAGGAAAGGAGCACAAGAUCAACAAGAAGAACGAGGGCAGCAUCCGGCCCAUGCACCCCACCUCUGUGAAGGGUGUGGACGACAUGAUAAGCAUCGGUGAUCUGAACGAGGCCGGACUCCUCAGGAACCUCCUAGUGCGACACAAAGAGGGCAUCAUCUAUACCUACACAGGCUCCAUUCUGGUUGCUGUGAACCCUUACCAGCUGCUGCCCCUCUACACCACCGACCACGUGCACAUGUACACGGACCGACGACUGGGCGAGCUGCCGCCGCACGUCUUCGCCCUCGCAGACGCCUGCUUCUUCAACAUGCGGCGCAACAAGAAAAACCAGUGCUGUGUCAUCAGUGGUGAAUCAGGAGCAGGAAAAACUGAAAGCACCAAGCUGAUGCUGCAGUUCCUGGCUGCAGUGAGCGGUCAGCACUCCUGGAUAGAGCAGCAGAUUCUUGAAGCAAACCCCAUCUUAGAAGCCUUUGGUAAUGCCAAAACCGUUCGCAAUGACAACUCCAGUCGGUUUGGGAAGUACAUUGACGUCAACUUCACCAAAGGCGGGGCCAUUGAAGGGGCCCGGGUGGAUCAGUACCUGCUGGAGAAGUCCAGAGUUUGCCGUCAGGCACCCGAGGAGAGGAACUACCACAUCUUUUACUACAUGCUGAUGGGGAUGCCAGCAGACCAGAAGAAGAUUCUGUCCCUUGGGAGCGCUGCUGAGUACAAGUAUCUGACCAUGGGUAACUGCACCAGGUGUGAGGGGCGUGAUGAUGUGAAGGAGUUCGCUCACUUCCGAGCAGCUCUGAAGAUCCUCAUGUUCACAGAAAAUGACUCCUGGGAAAUCUGCAAACUGCUCGCAGCCGUUCUUCACAUUGGCAAUGUGGAAUUUGAGGGCACCAUAGUAAACAACCUGGAGGGCUGUGAAAUCCACAGAUCAUCCCAUUUUGACAUGGCUUGCCAGCUUUUGGAGGUGGAUCCCAAUGCGCUGGACAAGAGUCUGACUCAGCGCUCCUUCACGACAGCCAGAGAGAGUGUGAUCAAAGGACUGACCUCGGCUCAGGCUCUGGAUGGCAGGGACGCCUUUGUCAAAGGUAUAUAUGGAAGACUUUUCAUCUGGGUGGUGGACAAAAUCAACUCUGCCAUUUACAAGCCGCCUGAAGACGAGAACGAGGUUCGACCGUCAAUAGGCCUCCUGGACAUCUUUGGCUUUGAGAACUUCAACAUAAACAGCUUUGAGCAGCUGUGCAUCAACUUUGCCAACGAGCAGCUGCAGCAGUUCUUCGUCAAGCACGUUUUCAAGCUGGAGCAGGAGGAGUACUCGCGUGAAAACAUCGUUUGGAAGCACAUCGACUACCAGGACAACCAGCGCACCCUGGAUGUGUUGGCCGUCAAACCUCUGAACAUGCUGUCGCUCAUCGAUGAGGAGAGCAGCUUCCCCAAGGGCACGGAUUCCACCAUGCUCCAAAAGAUGAAUCAGCUUCAUGGGAAAGGGGAUAUUUACAUUCCCCCGAAGAACAACUAUGAGACACAGUUUGGAAUUCAACAUUUUGCUGGUGUGGUCUAUUAUGACUCAGAAGGCUUCCUUGAGAAAAACCGUGACACCCUCAGCUUGGACCUGAUCCAACUGGUGGAGACCUCCGGCAACAAACUCCUCAAGCAGGCCUUUCACAAUGAGCUGUCCACGGGAUCUAAUACGAUCAAGAGCAGCGUCAACCCCAAGAUGAUCAUAACCACCACGCCCAAGAAUAGCCUCCGGCAAGCGUCUGAUAACAAAAAGCGAGUGCCGACUUUGGUUGGUCAGUUCCGUCAGUCUCUGGAUGCCCUGAUGAAAGCACUGACUGCAUGUCAGCCUUAUUUCAUACGCUGCAUUAAACCCAACGACUUCAAGAAGCCCAUGGUGAGCAGAGAAACACCGCUACUCAAGCUGAACAGAGUAUGUCUGUAUCAAAGCCAUUUGCUGUGAUUAAAUCAUAUUGGAUGCACAUUGUCUCAGCUGUUUGACAGAGAGCUGGUCAUGCGCCAGCUUCGUUACUCCGGAAUGAUGGAGACCAUCCGGAUCAGGAAAGCCGGGUAUCCUGUUCGCUACACUUUCGAUGAGUUUCUAAAUCGUUAUCGCGUCCUCCUGAAGAGCUCCAUCUGUGAUCCCAAAACUGAAAGCAAAGAGAAAUGCUGUGAAAGCAUUUGUGAAAGCAUGCUUUCUGGAAAAGGCGACUGGAAGACUGGCAAGACAAAGAUAUUCCUCAAGGACUUCCAUGACACGAUGCUCGAAGUGGAGCGAAUAAAAGAACUAAACCAUAAAGCACUUUUGAUCCAAAAAGUCAUGAGAGGCUUCAAAUUCAGGAGAGAAUUCCUGAGGAAAAGAGCAGCUGCAAUCAUGAUUCAGAAACACUGGAGAGGACACAAAGGCAGGAAGUUGUACAAAGUGGUGCAGCUGGGCUUUGCGAGGCUGCAGGCACAAGUUCGCUCUCGUCAGCUCCACUUCCAGUACAAGAGGCAGAGGGAGGCAGCUCUGGUGCUGCAGGCCCAAAUCAGAGGAUACCUGGCCAGGAAGGACUGGAAGCGCAAGAGAGACGCCGCGAUCCUGCUGCAGGCCCAAACAAGGGGGAUGCUGGCAAGAAAGGCCCUCAAAAAGAUGAAAAGAGAUAUGUACCUCUCUGCUAAAGAGAAGGAAGAAGAACAGCGGCUCGCUUUGCAGAGACAGAAACACUUAGAGGAAGUGUUAAGGAAGAAGAGAGAAGAGGAGGAAAAAGCACAAUCUGCGGCCAUCUCAGCCGAGGAAAUUGUGGACGAUAUCUUUGGCUUCCUGCCCAGUAUUGUUGGAGGGCAGGAGGGGCAAGCACCUGUGGGAUUUGAGAAUUUGGAGGGGAAAAGAAGAACUUUUGAGGAGAUAGACAUCGAUGACAUCCCCAUGGAGGAGGAUCUUUCCAAAGACGACUACGAUGACCUGGAUGAGUACUCCUUCUCCAAGUUUGCCUCCAUGUACUUCCAGGGUGCAGCCACCCCCACCCACAUCCGUCAGAGGCUUCUCCAGCCGCUGCUCUACCACGAAGAUGAGGGAGACAUUCUGGCUUCAUUGACCGUGUGGUGGAUCAUUCUGAGGUUCAUGGGAGAUCUUCCUGAGCCAAAGAAACAGGUCAAUGUUCAGGCAGCUUCCAGACGGGAACAAUUUAUGCCACAGGAACUGGUCUCCAGAGCAGACAGACGUUUCAGCAACAUGGUGGGCCUGGAUCAGAGGAUGCUUAGGAGUAAAAAAGACGGGGCGCCUUCAGACAUUCGGACAAGAAACAGGAAAGCUUCUGCUAUGCCCAAUGAGACAGCCCAAAACCUGAGAGCAUAUACUGUACCAGAAGCCAUUCCUAAAGCAAGGAAGGGAUCCAUGUUCACUGACCUUCUGACCAGGAACAGAAAAACAUCCUCUGUUCAAGAAAAUGGAUUCCAAAGACCCACUUCUAACCAGAGGAAACCCUCGAUUAUCAUGGAGGAGUCAGAUGAUCAAACUGAAGUGCCCAGGGCUCCCACCAUGCAGACUGUGCCGGAGGACCCUGAUGUAAUGAUUGGAGAAGGUCCCACCCUGGACAGGCCCCUAACAUCUCUUGAAAAACUCCACAUCAUUGUGGGAUAUGCCAUUGUCAGACGUGACCUCAGGGACGAGAUUUACUGUCAAAUCUGCAAGCAGCUUCAAGAUAACAAGAAUCGUAACAGCUACUUCCGUGGUUGGAUCUUGCUGUCACUCUGUUUGGGUGUUUUUCCUCCAACGGAGCCCUUUCAAAAGUACCUCCAAAGCUUCAUCCGUUCUGCUCCGCGGGGCUAUGCUUCCUACUGUGCUAACAGGCUACGGCGCACCGUGAUGAACGGCAUGCGAGGGGAGCCUCCAUCCUGGCUGGAGCUGCAGGCAACCAAGACACUCCAGCCCAUGAUUGUGACGGUGACGCUGUUGGAUCGUCGCUCCAUUAACCUUCCAGUCGACUCGGCGACUACAUCCAGAGAGAUCUGCCAGCUGCUCGCCAGCAAAGUCAAACUCAUAGACACCUUCGGCUUCUCGCUCUAUGUCGCCUUGUAUGAAAAGGUUUGGGCUCUGGGCAGCGGUCGGGAACACGUGAUGGACGCCAUCUCCCAGUGUGAGCAGGAAGUGAAGAAGAGGGGCGGCCAGGAGCAGCACGCUCCCUGGCGUCUCCUCCUCCGGAAAGAGAUCUUCACCCCCUGGCACAACUGCAAAGAGGACAAGAUCAGCACCGACCUCAUCUAUAGACAGAUUAUCCACGGCCUGAAGUUUGGAGAGUACCAGACUGAAAAGGAGGAUGAUAUGGUUCAACUCGCUGCUAAACACCUGUACAUUCAGCACGGCUCAGACAGCCGCCCAGAGAACGUAAGAGAAGCUGUGCAGGACUGCAUCAACAACCGUCUGCUGGAGGCCAAGUCAGAGGCCAAGUGGACUCAAAUGAUCAGCACAGCUCACGCUCAGGGUCAAUUUCUGAGUUCAAGAGAAAAGGCAGAUUCAGUGAAGGCAGAGAUGGUCGACUAUGCCCGAGAGAAGUGGCCCAUAUUCUUCUCCAGGUUCUUCGAGGUCACCAAACUGUCAGGUCCACUGCCAAAGAGUAAAUUCAUUGUGGCCAUAAACUGGACAGGCAUCACAUUCCUGGAUGAGAGAGAGAAGAGGCUGCUGGAACUCUCCUUCCCAGAAGUCACUGCAGUCAACAGCAUAAGUCAGGGUAAAUCAUCUGAGCAGACUGUGAGUCUGCUGACACUGAAAGGAGACUUCACCCUGACCGGAUCCACCGUUGAGGACAUGUCUGAGCUGAUUACCAUGUUCCUCAGUGGGCUGAAAGAGCGUUCCCGGUACGCCGUGGCCCUGAAGGACGUCGACAGGCAAGAUGACCCCACGUUCCUCAGCUUCAAGAAAGGAGAGCUCAUUAUACUUAUCAAAGACGAUGAGUUCUCUGAGCAGCGAGGCUGGGUAAAGGGCCAGAGGGAGAACUUAAAACACACAGGAGCUGUUCCCAUUGAGGCCAUCUUGAUCUUGCCGACGCUCAGCAAACCCUCCAAUGAGGUCAUGAGCCUCCUCACCCUGACUCCAAACCAGAGGAAGACAAUCCUGCAGACAAUGCAGAAAGAAACGGCCACAAUGGAGAGAAUGGCCCCGUUCUCGCUCAAAGAAUUCUCUCACCAGUAUUUCAGGCAGCCCACUAAGGACGUGAACCGUCAGGUGAUUUCUAGGAACGCUACUCCAGAGAGGCUGUGGGUCAGCUCCAGAGAGCCAAUCAGACAGCCACUCCUCAUGAAGCUGGUGGGCAACUCAGAGUUCAGCCCCAAAGCCUGUCUGACCUUCACUGCCAUCCUCAAGUAUAUGGGAGAUUACCCCACCAGGCAGAUUCAGAGUCCUUUGGAGCUCACUGACCAGAUCUUCGGCCCCGCCACUCAACACGAGGCGCUCCGAGAUGAGAUCUACUGCCAGAUCAUGAAGCAGAUGACCAACAAUAACAACCGGUUCAGCAUGGAGCAGGGCUGGCAGCUGCUGUGGCUCUGCUGUGGCCUGUUUCCUCCCAGCCAGGCUCUUCUGAAGCACGCUCAGCGAUUUCUGGAGUCGCGGCGCAGAAUGCCCAUGGCCUCCGACUGUCUGCAGCGGCUGCAGAGCUCUUUGAGGAUGGAGCCCAGGAAGUUCCCACCUCACCAGGUGGAGGUGGACGCCAUCCAACAGAACAGCACCCAGAUCUUCCAUAAAAUCCACUUCCCCAACGACACAGAUGAGAUAUUUGAGGUGUCGACCAGCACCAGGAUCAGGGAUCUCAUCCAGAGCAUUUCCAAGAAGCUCGGCUUGGCUUCAGCAGACGGCUUCAGCAUUUUUGUCAAAACACAUGACAAGGUUCUCAGUUUGAAUGACACGGACUACUUCUUCGAUAGUCUGAGACAAAUCACCGACUGGUCCAAGAGAGCCAAGAGGAUUAGAGAUGGUGGUGGACCACUGAAUAUAUCCUACCUUGUGUUCUUCAUGAGGAAGUUGUGGUUCAAUGUGAUCCCUGGCAGAGACACAGAGGCUGAUCUCAUUUUCCAUUUCCCUCAGGAGAUGCCCAAGUACCUGAGAGGCUUCCAUGUUUGCACCAAAGAGGACAUGAUCAACAUCGCAGGUCUCCUCUUCAGGGUGAAGGUCGGCAGUGACAAGAGCCAAGUAGCCAUGAUUCCCAAGAUGAUAAAGGAUCUGGUGCCUGCUGACCAGCUGAAGGCCAUGUCCGAAAACGAGUGGAAGAAGGGCAUUGCUGCCUCUUACAACAAAUACGCUGGUUUCACUGUUGAAGAAGCUAAGGUGGCAUUUCUCAAGGCGAUUUGUCGCUGGCCGACAUUCGGCUGUGCUUUCUUUGAAGUGAAGCAAACAUCGGAGCAAAAUUUCCCAGAUAUCGUGCGAAUAUCCAUCAGCAAGCAAGGAGUCACAGUCAUCAACCCUAAAACCAAGGAUGUUUUGGCGACGCAUCCAUUCAACCGCAUCGCUAACUGGAGCAGUGGAAGCACCUACUUUCACAUGACUGUUGGCAAUCUGGUGAAAGGAAACAAAUUUCUGUGUGAAACUUCACUGGGCUACAAGAUGGACGAUCUUAUAGCCUCCUAUGUCAACAUGUACAACAGAGAGAGGAGGGCCAUGCAAACUAGGAACCAGCGCUUUGACAUGUGAACAUUUAAAACUGUGCUCACGAAGAGGCAGAGCAGGAAGUGUUCUCUGCUGUUGAAAGAGCGAUCAACUGUAUUUGAUUCAUUCUCACUCUUUAUUUAAAGCUGCAGUCCUUUGGCAUGUGUUCAAAUAACAUAAUAAUUAAAAGUAAAUUUACACAUUUGCUUGUGCCGUUAACCUGAAGAGUAAUUAGUGUCUUCGGUGUCUUUAUUGAUCCAUGACUGAUGCUCACUAAUGCAUUUUUCUAUAAAGAAUCAAAACUGUUGAUGUUAAACAGUGUUAAACAAUAACUAUAAGCCAAAUUAUAUAAAUGUGAGUAUCCUAUAUUUUAUUUAGAGAUCAUCAUUAAUCUAAAAUUUGCUCUUGAAAUACUGUUUGUACAAAUGCUGAUUCCAUUACAUUCUUAAUUUCCUCUAAUUCACUGUUUGUUGUGUUUAUGUGCUGCUAGAAUAAUGAGAUUUCAGUGGAUUUAUAUUGAAUUUCUAUUUGGGAAAAUAUCCCUGUUUAUUCCUAAGCAUGGGGUAUUUAAUCUGCAUUUGUUCUGCAUUUAUUUAAUCUACAAAAAUUCUCAAAUAAUUUCAAACAUAUACAUGCACAGGAUCAAUUGUUUUGGAUAUAUAUUUAAUUUUAGGGAAAAUAAUUUAUUUACUAAUUUUUUAUAUACAUUUGUAAAUGUUUUACUUUUAUUUUUAAUUUUACUUGUGGAUCAGGAAACACAAAACUGUCACUACUCUUGAGAUUCAUACUUGUUCAUAUUAGUCUGCCUGACUUAAAAACAUUAAAGAUGCCUUGUGGAAUUUU